ACCGCACUCUCAGACAGCGACGAGGAGAGCCGAGCCGAGCAGAGCCGAACCGAGGAAUUAAACGAGGAUCAUAUUAAAGAUUAUGACUCUCACAACUAUACGACAACUUUUUCUUCUUUGUUUCCUCUGGUUUCUGGGAUCUUGGAGCACAACAGAUGCCAGACCUUUUGAUCCGUGGGAGGAUGGGAUAACUUUAAGAAAGGUUCGAGGGAUUCAGAGUGGUGACUAUAGUGAUGUUCUGUUGGGAGACCAGAAUGAGGAGCAGGUCCAGAAUGUUUUCAAAAGAUUCUUGUUUCAUUACUCUAAAGCUCGCAACUCUGUUGGACCUUUGCAGCAGUUAGAGUCUCACUCAGUUCAUCCUCUGAUGCGACUUUCCCCGAAGCUUUCUAAGAGGAAAAAUAAGAAAGUUCUACUUUUGACGAUCCGUGAUGUGCCUGAGGGGAUGCUGUAGAAGAAAAGUCAACAAAAACAAAAGAGGAAACCAGAUUAAAGAGAAGACCAGCAGGCAGCUGCCGAAGACAUCAAAAUCAACUGGUGGAGAAAAAACACGACUUUGACGUGUUUUUAAACAGAAAAUAAACUAUUGUACUGAUGGAAACAGAGCUGCACUGCCAUGGCUGCUAUGCGUCUUCCUGCUUCCUAAGUCAAUGUGAACCAAGCACGAAUCUGGCAUGUUGGCACUGUUGCACGAGAUAUGGGUGUCAGACUAAUACCAUGAAGGCACUUUAAUCUGUUUAAGAGGUCCUUUAUCAUCAACAGUGGCUACAAAUCACGAGAACUUAGGAAAAACACAGGCACUUAUUGUUGUGGCAAAGAGGUGAACUCACAUUUAAUCAAACUGAUUUAAAUGUACAUGUACAUUUGUGACAUAAUCAUCAUGAAACAUAAUAAAAAAAGAUAAAAUUUGUCUUUGA